GCGCUCUGUGUUGUCCACCGUGUACCAGUCUGAGAGCACGGCGGAUCUCCGCAUUUAGACCAAGCCAUGGCUUGAGUUACAGUACCUGCGGGCCAUCCCAUUGUCAAAUGAUGCUCUUUUAAUCAACAUGCUACGAAUUGCUUCGCUCUUCUGACCCGAAAAAGACCCCAUUCCCCGGUCUGUCCGGAUUAAUUUUCUGCGCAUCAUUUGGACAGGCGUCUCUAGGAUGGAGCACAUCAGAACACCAAAGGUGGAAAAUGUGCGUAUGAUUGAUAGACUGACCCCCAGGAAAUCUAUGGUGGGAACAUUAUACCUCUCCUCGACUCACACUAUAUUUGUAGAGAACUCAGAGGCCCGCAAAGAGACCUGGGUCCUGCACAGUUUGGUAUAUAAUGUAGAGAGACUCCCGACAAACUCCUCAGGAAGCCCUCUCAUUAUACGCUGUAAGAACUUCCAUGUUUACCGACUGCUGAUCCAACAAGAGAAGGACUGUUUAGAUGUGCUGGCCUCACUCACUCGGCUUUCACAUCCAGAACGCUACGGAGAGCUGUUUUGUUUCUCUUUUAACCCCAACCUGGAUAAAGAGUUAAGGGAAAAGGCAUGGGGCUUCAUCGACCUGAAGGCAGAAUUCAAUCGAAUGGGAAUACCCAGCAACCUCUGGCACGUCACAGCAGCCAAUCAUGAGUACAGAUUGUGUGACACUUACCCGUCAGAGCUGUUUGUGCCAAAGUCAGCCUCUCCUGCUGUCAUUGUGGGCAGUGCCAAGUUCCGGAGUCGAGGACGUCUUCCUGUUCUCUCCUACUUCCACAGAGACACCAGCGCAUCGAUCUGUCGGAGCAGCCAGCCUCUUUCUGGUUUCAGUGCGCGCUCCUCAGAUGAUGAGCAGAUGCUGCAGGCCAUUAUGAAGUCAAACCCUGCCAGCGAGUUCAUGUAUGUGGUGGACACAAGGCCAAAGCUAAAUGCCAUGGCUAAUCGUGCUGCCGGAAAGGGCUACGAGAAUGAAGACCAUUACACUAACAUAAAACUACAGUUCAUUGGCAUAGAGAACAUCCAUGUCAUGAGGAGCAGCCAACAGAAGAUUGUAGAUGUUGGUGAACUCACAGCUCCUUCCAUGAGUGAUUUCCUGUGGGGUCUGGAGAAUUCUGGGUGGCUAAAACACAUCAAAGCUGUACUAGAUGCUGGAGUCUUCAUUGCAAAGGCAGUGGCGGAGGACGGAGUGAGUGUUUUGGUGCACUGUUCAGACGGAUGGGACAGAACAGCUCAGGCCUGUUCGGUGGCUAGUGUGCUACUGGAUCCUUACUACAGAACGAUCAAAGGACUGAUGGUUCUGAUUGAGAAGGACUGGGUAUCAUUUGGACACAAGUUUUCCCACAGGUACGCUCACCUUGAUGGUGACCCUAAGGAGGUGUCUCCAGUCAUGGACCAGUUUCUGGAGUGUGUGUGGCAGUUGAUGCAACAGUUCCCCUGUGCGUUUGAGUUCAAUGAGCGAUUCCUCAUACAGCUACACACACAUAUCUACUCCUGCCAGUAUGGGAACUUCAUCUGCAAUUGCCAGAAAGAGAGGAGAGAUUUGAGGCUACAAGAGCGAACACACUCUUUGUGGCCGCACCUGUGGGAGAACAGGGCUGAACACACAAACCCUCUAUACAGGACAGACCACAGUCAGACACAGGGUGUUCUGAAACCUCUCACCACUGCCUACUGCUUCAAGUUUUGGAAGGGGAUGUACGGCCGUGCAGAGAAAAGUGUGGCCUCACACCAAUCUCCAGCCGAUUGCCUGAACGCCGUGAGGGAGGAGUCACAACAGUUGGAGGAGGAGCUAAGCGCCCACCAGGAGAGGCUUGCCCAACUGAAGGAAAUGAAAACUUCAGGGGAGAGGAAGAAGACCGACAUGUUGUCUGAACGUGUCCGCCGUCCGAUUCCAACCGAGAGCGAACUCGGCAGCCCUCUAGACUACUUCACCUCCCCAAGAAGCGAGAAACACACUCCUUCCUUCACCCUGCCGCUACAGUUAGCAGCCCCACCCAAGAACGGUGACCCCGAUGACCUUUCAACCUGCAGUGAUUUCGAGUCUGGUGUGGCUGACCUCAGCAGCUACUCCUCUAGUGGUGGAGACGACGCUAAGGACCCCGAUUCCGACGAGGUGGUCAAAGCACAAGCCUGAAUUAAAACGGAACUGGUGACAAUGAGGGAUAAAAGCACAGUAACGGGUACCAAACAGGGAACUGCUGUGUUUUUUAAGUGUUAUUUUAUUUUUUUUAAUCUGUGUGAAUUUAUAUUUAAGUAUGUGAACAAGUACACAUAUUCAAGAUGGUCUUGCAAUAGGACCUUAUUUCAUUAUAGUAAAUUCUUAUUUCUUGUAUAGUAUUUUAGUUUUUGGUGUAUUUCACUGUCUAAUCCUUUAAACCAGUGUUUUUUUUUUUUUCCCCUGACAUUAUUCAUAGCGAUGUUCGGAAGACCAUACCACCAUACUACUCGUACUAAUACAGAGAACAUAUAUCCAAAACCCAGAAUUUCUGAAGCUUGUUUCAGCCAUGACAAAAAAAGUUAAUUUCAUAAUUCAGACUUUUUAUCUCAAAACUAUAAGUUUAUAUGUAAUUUUAGAAUUUGUAAUUUCAUCUUUCUCAGUUAAAACUGAGAAUGUUUUUAUCUCACAAAUGAUUUUUCUGUUUCAGCCUUUUUUAUUUUUUUUUAAUCUAACAAUUAUGACUUUUUAGUAGUAACUGUAAGUUCCUAUUUCAUAAUUCUGACAUUAUACCUGACACAAUAACAAGCCUGAUACAUAAGAUACACACUCAAAAGAAUAAGUCUGAAUUAUGAGAUAAAAAUUAGUUGGAUACAUACUGCUUAAAACGCUGUGUACAAGGCAAUACAUAAAAUGGAAGAACUAUCUUUUAUCAGUCUUCUUUUUGAUGUUUAGCCUGGUAAAUACAUUAUAACAGUUUUAUUUGACUGUAUAGCACAGCAUAUUGCAUUCUAUUUUCACGUUAUCUGCAAAAACAGCAGGCUGUAUGCAAGAAUUUCAUUCCGAUCAUAGCCCAUGCCCAUGUCCAUACCCAUAUCUGUGCCUAUUAUGACCAUCAGAUUCCCACCUGUGUGUUUAGAAAAUGGAAAUAAUGAGAAUUUGCUGUACAUGUAAAAAAAAAACAAGAUCUAUAGGCUAUGGAACCAAGAGCUGUAUGGCACCCACACUACAUUUACUUGCUUCCCUUUUCUGUAACUGUAGGCAUAGUGUGAGAUAUAGACAAUCAACCCCUCACAUCCAUGUAAUUGCCAUUUCAGCUACAAUAGUAUGUAGUUUUUACAUUUAUCUGGAACUUAUGAAUAUCUACGUUUCUAAGGCAAAUGCUCUCAAUAAAGUGUUUGCCAAACAGGAAAUUACUGCAUAUCUGGAUCCAGUUUUUACCAUUUUUGAUAAACAUCAUUUUAAAGUUGCGUUAAAGUGCCCCUAUUUAUGGAUUUUUUGGCAGUUACUUUUCCAUACAACGUGUAACACAGCUCUAAGUGAAUGAUAACAUCCUGCAAAGUUUUAAAUAUGAAAGUGGACCUUGUAUUAGUUAUUGUCUCUCUCUCAAAAAAAAGAGUCGACUCUGAAUCAUUGAAAUGAAUCCCAAGCCGUUUCAUGUCGACACCAAAAUGAGCAUUAGCAUAUUGCCUGCCCACUUGUUGGUCCUUUUGCGUUGGUCUGAAUAAAAAUGUGAAUUCAUUAUUUGCCAUUAGAUGUCGCUUUUAGAGCGUUAAAGAUCACAAACACUGCUUUAAAUGAAAUCGACCAAACUGGAUAGGUUUGGAAAAAAUGUUGAAUGAAACAUUAAACAAAUAAUGUUAACGUAAAAGUAAAUGUGUUUUUUGACCUUGCAUGCAUGUCAACCUGUUGUUUGGGACUCCCAAAGCCAAAAUAUGAAUUCAUAACCCUUAAUAAGGGCACUUUAAUUGAACUGCAAUAUUGAGGAGUGAGAACCAGAAAGCAGUAUGUGACAUUUCACCAACUUUACAGGAGGGCCAAAGCAAAAAAAAAAAAUACUUUGUGACCAUACUUUGUGUACCGAUUUUAAUUGUUUAAAACAAAAAUGUGUACUCUCAUGGCUGACUAAUUUUAAUAGUAGUAAGAGCUUUCAUUUGAGAUAUUUAUCUCCAUUUCACACAGUGUCUCUUUACGCCUUUCUGGGUCUCACCCCUUGAUAUGUUUUUUUUCCAAAAAAUAAAGUCUACAAGGCAAACUCGCUGCCUUGAUUUAAAA